CGUCGUCGCCCAAGAUAUCCUCCUCGUCUAGAGGAUCGAAUUUGGUGCGGUUGAUAAUCUGCGCAACAUCCCAGUUCCUCCUGUCCAAACUGCCCUUAUCUGCACCGGCCGCUAAAUGGCAAUUGACAAAGACGAGUCGAGUUGUUCCUCCUACGACUAUUCGCGUAGCUACUCCGCCCUUAUUCCCCAUGUACCCCAUCAACCCAGUGCCUACACCCACGGAACUGAUAGAAGAUAUCGUUGGCGCCACUGAUGGAGAUGCGAAUAUUAGUAGAAGUAGGCCAACCAAUUGCUGCGACGCUACCAUUUUAUAGCCCGGGGGCAGCGCAUUCCGAACGGCUUCCUUCCAUCGAUUGGACGGCGCCGGAUCGACAUAUGGCUUCAGCGACUCCGACGGAGAUGAAACGUCCACAAUUUCCUGUAGUCCCAGCACAUAAAUAUCGAUAUCGUCGGCGCCCGCAGCCCCAGGCCCAGCCGAGACAGGUUCGCCAGCAGCCAACUGUACAGAUCCACAACCUGCCAAUUCCUGAUCGACCCAGGAUCCCGCCUUGCCAGAGCGCCGAAGGCCAUUCUUGGUAUUCCCCGAUCUAGCAUGUAUAUCGUUUGUCCUGUCGCCAAAGGGCUUCGACGGUAAAUUCGGUGACCGUCCAGCUCUUUUGGCGAACCAAUAGGCCACGUCGUCCUCUGUACCUGGUAAGGCGGCAACAUUCCACGUCCCGAUUUUCACGCGGAGUUUCCGCGGGCGGAUAUAUUCAGACCUCCUAGCUUUAAGGGCUCGAGAGAUAGACUGGAGACCGGAGGAUAGGGAGCUAUCCCCGUCGUCGUUGUCGAGGGUGUCAGGGAAAGCGCCUGGCACAUCUGCGGGGCCAGGGGCGGGGGCGGUGGCGGGUUCGUGGGCGUCGCUCGGGGCCAUGGUUUGCGGGGUGGUAACUAAGCGAUUGAGGAUGAGUAGAUACGUAAAAGAGCCCAACCACGUUUAUCUGCUCCUCAUGGCGACAAAGCUAAAUACGUUGAUACAUUGAGCGCUUCCACCGCGAUGCGUUCAUGACAGAUGUUCACAAACCCUUGUGCUAACCGGUCAGCUGGGCGGUUCUUAGGCUGGUGUGGCAAGCUGAAAGCCAAAUAAGCUUCGCUCAUGUGUUUAGAAGAGGGGCUGAGGGUGUGAAGAUAACGGAGAAGCAGAAGAACGAGCUCAAAGCACAUCAAUUGGAGUCACAUUUCGUUGUAUUAUAUGCAUUAAUCAGGGGUUGAUAUAAUACCUCAACUGUUUAAGUCCAAGUCCAGAUGUUGGUGGACAUAUUUAGUUGUCGUUGACGUCGUCGGCCGAGCCGUUUGUUCCAAGCCACAGCCGAUUUAAAUAAGUUCCUCCUCACGUUACUUUUCUUUGUUUAUCCUAACCAAUUCACCCAACUGGAACAUAACUACAAUACACAGUACAGUAGCAUAAUAGAGCAGCCGCAGCCAUGCCUCUCAGACGGGGUCAAGACCGGAGCAGUAACAUGCCCAGCAACAAUCAUCAACAACCCUCCUAUCGAUCCUCCCACAACCGCAAUCCCUCAAACCUGGCCCAGCCUUCUGACUACGAAUCAGAUAUUCAAAAUAACUACAUCUCAGACACCCGGAUUGCCGCCAACGGCUCCUCCUCUAUGGCCACCGACCCUUCGCAGCUAAAACCCCCAACGCGCACGAACGAAGAGCUCAACCUCGCCGUACUCCAGCGCCACAAUCCAGACAUCCGCUCCAUCCUCUCCCUCGCCCCCUACGCUGUCGUCUACAAUUUCAGCGCUACGACGCAGCUGUGGGAGAAGAGCGGCAUCGAAGGCACCAUGUUUGUCUGCCAGCUGACCCAGGGCGAGCUGGGCGAGGAGCGCUAUAGUGUGCUGGUCCUGAACCGGCGCGGCAUGCAGAAUUUCGAAGCCAUGCUUGCGGACGGCGAGGAUGUGGAGAUUACGGAGGAAUAUGUCAUUUUGAAAGUUGCGUCGACGGGCACGGAGCCUAGCGCGACCACGAUCAAGUCGGCGGAUGGUCGUCAGUCGGUUAUUUAUGGGCUGUGGAUCUUCUCGGAGCCCCCUCCUAGCUCCACGGCGGAGACUAGGACGUUGAAUGCGCAGAUUAUUAAAGAGUGUGCAGUGCAUGGUGGGGAGAGUAGGAAAUUUGCGCAGGAGAGGGCUGCUGCGGAGGCAAACCUGGGUGAUGCGCAGGUUCAUGGAGAUCAGGAGUUGUAUCAGGGUGGUGUGCCCAUGGAUCGGCAGAUUUCGCUGAAAGAGUUGUUUGGACAGCAGAGGCAGCAGGAUGAUGAGUGGAGCGUGAAGGUUCACAGUCCCGCGUUACGAAACGUCGAUUCAGAAACGCAGCAGCAGCAGCAACAUCAUCAACAUCAACAUCACGGGCAGCAGGGAAGCGGGUAUUGGCCAGUUCCGCCCGCUGCUCCACCGCAGUUACCAACAACCACCGCAGGAAGUGAUGUACUUGGUGCGCUUUUCAGAAAGGCUUAUCAAGCUCCCGCACAGUGACCUAGAGGCUACUUGAAUGUAGUUUCUAUAUACGACUUAGGCCUUAAUUGGACGGGAGGACUUUGGCAAAUAGCUAGAUAGUCUGUUCCUACGGCUUUUUGUGACACCUAUUGAUUAUGUCUUCGGCAUCCCCAUGCGCCGUCUCUCUGCCAGACAAAAACAAGGGAUCUAUUGAGAGUAUGGGUCUAUGUAUUGCCUAUCUGCCUACGCGGUUGUAGUGAACCGCUGGCCGUUCUGUCGCCCUUGGAUAAUAUCCCUCACCCACGCGGCGGUCUUUUUUGCCAUGAUAUCGCUAUGCCCUAUAUAUGAGAAACAGGGGAGGAGUUAGUCAGAACUAGAACUUCAUCCCCUCUCCAGUGAUCAUUUGCCACCUCGCAAGCUCAUAACUUUCUUAGAAACAGCAGGAGAAUGAGAAAUAUGAAAGGAUAAAGAAAGAAAAUGAGUGCUCACGAAUGCAAAACCCAUGCACCACUCCAUCCUCGCACACUUGCAUCCUGGGACCAUUACUACCCGUGCCCUUUUCCAUACCACCCCUAGCUCGAAUAAUAUCGUCUCUCGUCUGAUCAGCUACCCAAUGAUCUUGCUGUGCAAAAUAUAGCACCAGAUUCAGUGGUACCUUUGCUGGCACUGAAGCUGUGGUUGAUAUUGGCGUUGAUGAACGUGCGGGUGAUGACGAAACUAUGCCCCAAAUCUCGUCACUCCAUGUGUCGGAUGUUAUCUCGCGCAUUUCGUCUGCGGCCAUGUGUCUGUAUAUGCCGUGGUUGAUGUUUAGUUAGUGGAGGUUAUUUUUUAACCCCAUGUGCGCAAUUGGGAAAAGAAACGGGGAGUUCGAAGGAAUAAGGGGCAAGAGAUAGAAAGAAAGAGAAAACAGCCAAUACGAAAGAGAACACAUUUUAAAAGAGAGAAAAAUCGCAUCUAUUACUCACAUCGCUUGCUCAACACCCCGUCUACUCCUUAAAAACUCCACUGUUGUGUCAAUUGCGUUUCCUGGGGGCGAACCCAUAACCAUCCCCACCACGCUGCGUAACCAAGAUCCCGGCAGUAUAAAUACGAGGAGCUUGACUAGCAGGCUUGUGAGUAAGGCUAGGUAAGGAAUGUAGAGAAGUCGCUGCGAAUUUGGAUGUUUGUUAGUAAAGUAGUCUGUAUGCCAACAUGGUAGGAUAAAAGGUAUUUUGUAGGGAUGGACGGAUAGAUGAGGGGGUAUGUAUAUGCCAUAAGCGUAGAAGACAUUUAAACAUGAGAUAGGGGGAAAAGUAUACACAAAAUCGAAAUAAAGAGGCAGUAAUUAAAAAAAAGUAAAAACCAAAAUAAACGAACAGUCAACUUCCUCCCAGACGAACUCUUCGCAAUAUCAACCACAGUCGGAAACAGCAGGAUUCCGCCGAUAAUGUCCAUCGCACCAUCAUUUCCAUUUCCACAUUCCCCCUUGCCGGCUGAUGAUGAUGUCUUCGUCUGCCUCUUACUAUUCCUCUCCCGCUGUCGUCUUAUGAGCUCCAUAGCGACAUACGCACCAACCGAAUGGCCGAUUAAAAUCACAUUAGCACCUCCGCGCUGCCGUCGUUCUACUCCUCCUCCUCCUUCUUCUUCUUCUUCUUGAGCAACGCCGUUGCCGUCCGUCUCCUGUCUCCAAUCCAUCCUCGCACGCCAUGCAUCCACGAAAUCGUUCAGGUUGCGCUCCACAUGCUCAAUCUGUUCUGAGAGGUUGUAUAGCUUCGUAUUCGUUGCUGCUGCUGCUCUUGGGUGCGCUUGCGCUUCUGUCCCUCCAUUAACGUUACUCACACCUCGGUCAUUUUCAAUAAUCUCAAAACCGCCCAUGCUUUUUCCAUGGAUGAUGCAUUGGGGGAUGUUGCGGUUGCUGUUGCUGUUGCUCCAGCUCCCGCUAUCAGGAGCACCACAACCAUCAACAUCGGUACCAGGAGAGAGUUCUGAACUUAGAAGGGAAAGGUAUGCAUGAUAGUAGGAUAUAAGCCCUGGGUUUCCGGUGAUGAAGUAUAUUAGUACGGGCUCUGGGUCAUCUGUCGUUGUGGAGCUUGUGCUGGUGGUGGUCGUUGUUGUUAGGAAGCUGUUUGCCGUGAUAUGUGGUGUGGUUAGGGUCAUUUCUUGGGGGAGUUUUUUCCUCUUUUUUCCUUCAGUGGAUCGGGAUUGACGGCGUGCCAGGGGGUUUUAGGUAUAGAAAAGCCUAUGCAUGCAGAUUAGGUGUACAGUGCUCUUUGUAGAAGCUUAUUGAGGUAUAUCUUCAUGUGGAGAAUUUUGUUUACCUAGCGACCAAAUAAGUUACAACAUACUAUUUCCCUACAAACACACCUUCUUGAAAUACCUGCGGCACUUCCUAGCCUCAUGCUAAUUAAUAUGUCAAUCAUUGAUAGAUGAAUCUUCCGAAUUUACACAUUUACUACACUCAACUCAGAUGAAAAAAAUAUCGACAUCACGCAGUAUCUAGUUGUCAAAGCAAACAACAUUUUUAAAAAUGAUCUCAAGUAUUUCGUUUGUGUAUCUAGGAAUAUGGCUGUGUUGAUCUUUCUCUCUCCUCUUUCUCACCCCUGUAUCAAAUCAAUUCAUACACCUUAUGGCUCUUCUUUCCUAUAAUU